AUGGCUACGAACUCGUACGACCGCCUCCAAGACACGACAUGGGGAAGUGCCAGGGAGUGGACGCCGAGCCACGAGUUGCCGCGCAGGAUCUCCGAGCGGGUGCUGGAGUGCCACGAGGAAGCUCGCGACCAGAAGAUGUACGACUCCGACGCCGAGUCCGCUUUCGAGCGGUUGGCCUUGCAUGCCAAGCCUGGUUCCUGCGGAUGCUCAGUUGUCUUGGAGGAGGGCGCCAGCGACGUGCCGCAGCGGGGGAAAGCAAUGCCCUUCGCGAGCGGCGAGGCGUCUCUGCCGCCAGCGGGGACGCAGCCAUGCGACAUCUGUUUGGUUUCGCCAAAGGCACGGUACAACUUCGACGACAGGGUGGCCUUACCACCGAGCCAGAUCGACAAGGGGGAUAUCUCGAGCGCGAGGGCAUACACGGACGCAAGCUUGAGGCACAAUGCAGCCCGCCUGAAGUUCGCGGUGAGACUCUGGGAGUCGGGCAUGCUGGGCUCCACGCACAUGCGCAGAGCGGAGGUAUCGGUGUUCUCCGUGAUGAAGACGGUGAGCGAGACGGACAGCUUCAUCCUUCGGCCAGCCUGCGACAUGAGGCAGGUGACCGACGGGAAGCCGCUCCAGCCUCUCCCAGACGCCAGGGCAUGCAGCGAGCUGUGGCCGUGCAUGGCGCUCGGAGGGCAGCUCCUCCACGGACCAAUGCCCCCAAGCUUCUCAGAGAUCGCGUUCCUCUACUGGGUCUUCAUCGACGACUCCGCCUCGACGGCGCUCCAGUCAGCAGGGGGCCAGGGGACCACGGAGUUGGUUCGAGAAGCAGCGAGAUCGAAGCUGAAGGAGGUGGGGCUAGGCACGCACGAGGAUGACUCAGGCGGUGCGAUGCCCUUGUCACUGGGCGUCACAAUCACGGAGCGCCCGUGCCGCUUGAUGGCAGCGCAGGAGAAGAUCAGGAGUGUUUUUGGAGCCACCAAGGCGCUCUUGGACCGAGGCCGAGCAACGUCUACCGGGCUCUCGAGGAUCAUCGGCUCCUGGGUCUGGUUUGCGAUGUGUUGCCGGGCCGCCUUCUGUCUUCUGGACGCACGCUACAAGUUCGUGACCAAGUGCGAGGGGGACGACAC